AAGGGGCCGUGGCAUAAGACAGAAGAUGCAUCGCUCAUGUAUUGGGUCAGCCAUCUUGGGACUGGAAAAUGGGUCGAGAUUGCCAGACGUGUCGGAAGUCGAACAGGGAAACAAUGUAGAGAACGCUGGACCAAUCAGCUCUCGCCUGAUAUCGAUCACUCGGCCUUCAGGCAUGACGAGGAUUUGGUGAUAAUUACCAUGCAACAAACUCUACAAGCUAACAAGUGGUGCGAAGUGGCCAAGUAUCUUCCCGGUCGACCAGAAAACGCAAUAAAG